CUUGAAAUCAUUCGUAACAAGUUUUGAUUUUGUUAAUAAAAAUGGUGAGUUUUUUUGGUGAAGUAGUUUUUCCAGUCUCUCGGGCGUUUUGGGAUGAAGAAGAUGAAAAUGAAUCGGAUGGACGUACAAUAAAUGAAACCGAAUUUUCCGUUCAAUGGUUGAAAGAAAAGUCAACUCAAAUCGACACGUUAAUUCUGGUUGAAGGGGAAAUGUUGAUUGAUUUUUCUAGGGAAUGUUUGUGCCAAAGUUCGGAGGAAGUAUGUCUCGUGGAAGAUGAGAGUAAACGAAAAAUAUGCAUAGUUUAUCAAGUUAACAAUGACAUAUAUUUAUGUGUUGUGUCUCCAAGGUUUGAUGUAAAGUUAUCUGGUAAGCUUGUGGAUAAGAUAUCUGAUAUUCUAUUAAAUGUCAAAAAUACAAUUUGUAUAACAUCCCGGCAUAUGUCACAAUUUAAAUGUAAAGAUGUACCAACAGUACCAUCUUUCUUGAGAAUGUUGACCACAAAGAAUGGAGGAAGUAUUUGCAGCUUAAAAGAGCCCCCUUUAGAACAACCAAACAUUGUAUAUGGGGUUACAGCAGGAGUUCUCUCAUAUGCAGAAUUUAUGGAACUACCAUCAGUUUUAUAUGUCUUGUACACAGAUAAUUUUGUACUAGAUUCAGUAUCCGCUGAGCCCCUUUUAAAAUUAUUUACAGCCAUGAAUUGUACAGUUAACAAUGUUACAUUUACUGGAAAAAACUUUUUCAAUAAAGGGAAUCUAUAUAUGUAUGCUUGGACCAGUUAUUUGCCUCAGCAGUUUCCUGUUUACUUAUCUAAAGAUCUAAGUAUAUAGCUGUUAAUGAUACAAAUGUUUUAUAAUUGUAUACUAUUGUCCAUAGUAAAACUUAUAUAAACCUUCCACAAUACUUAUCUUUAAUUAUGAUAAAACUUACAUCGACAAAAAUUAU